AUGAAUGGCGACAUAAGCCUGUCCAGGGCCCUGGGCGGUCUGCGAAUCGCCAAUCUUUCAGAUGAUUCCGACAACGAGCCCAGUCCUACCCGCGAGCAAGCUACCACCGCAGACGACAACCACCACAGCCCUUCCCUCUCACACCCCCUAGACGAACCGCAACAAGCCUCGAAACGUCUCUCGCGUAACCUCCACGAGGGUCAGUCCCACGAUCCCAGCGGCAGCCAGAUUCACCGCAGUCCGGAACCCCUAUCGAACCUACCACCCGCUGCCAUCCCCGACUACGCGCAAUCGACUCCAGACGGUCCAGCACUGCCUCCUAUCGCGCAGUCACUCCCCCCUCAACACCUCCCUCCUCAAACAUCACCAAUGGACGGCCCCGAACGACAGUACCAGACUUCCUCUCGACCGCUCUCCGGGCCUCUGUCCAACCCCCUUUCUGUCUCCCACAACGCCGAACCUGGACCGAGCUCUUACAACAACUCCCUGAGGCCGGAGGGGUCCAGAGCGUCCAUGUUUGAUCUCCCCACCCGGAGCAACUCGAGAUCGAUGCGAGUACCCUACGCUGGCCAAAUACCUCAGCGAUCCCCGAGUUAUCGGGAGCGGUCGUACAACCCUGAAGUACGGCGCACGCUCCCCCCGGGUGCCGGCGGCGCGGCAUUGCCGCCGAGGAAAAGCUCCAAGGGGCGAGGGGGCGGCUUCGUCUCCACGGCAGGAGUGCCAAUGGCCCAACCGAACAGUAACAAUUUCGGAACAGACUUGCCCCAACCGGGCAACAGCGAGGAAUGGCAAGAGAAAGGCGCGGCAGUCGGCAUCAGGAGAGAGGUCGAUGCGCAGGGAAAGACAGUUCUGCGAUCCGUCAAGAAGGGUGUUCGUGACUUCUCGUUCGGCAAGGUCCUGGGCGAGGGAUCAUACAGUACCGUCUACCUGGCCACAGACCGACAGUCACUAAAGGAAUACGCCAUCAAAGUACUCGAGAAGAAGCAUAUCAUCAAAGAGAAGAAGAUCAAAUACGUGAACAUCGAAAAGAACACUUUGAAUCGGUUAACGGAGCAUCCGGGCAUCGUUCGGCUAUACUAUACAUUCCAAGAUGAGACCUCGCUCUACUACGUCCUGGACCUUUGCAACGGGGGAGAGCUGUUGGGGGUGCUGAAACGGACACACACAUUUGAUGAGGAGUGCACACGGUUUUAUGGGGCCCAAAUUCUUGACGCCAUUGAGUACAUGCACUCGAGAGGGGUCAUCCAUCGCGACCUCAAGCCGGAAAAUGUGCUACUGGACGACAACAUGCAUGUUAAAAUAACCGACUUCGGAACGGCGAAGUUGUUGCCGGACCCCAGGGAUCCCAGGCCGCCGCCUGAGAACGCGCCUCCGGCAGAAGGAAGUUCACGAGCAGCCUCAUUUGUCGGGACCGCCGAAUAUGUCAGCCCGGAGCUUCUUACGGAGAAGACUGCGGGCAAGGCGAGCGACGUCUGGGCAUUCGGCUGCAUUGUUUACCAGCUGCUUGCUGGGCGUCCGCCAUUCAAGGGCGGCACGGAGUACUUGACUUUCCAGAAGAUCGUUGGUCUUGAAUACGAUUUUCCUUCGGGCUUUCCGCCAGCGGCACGCGACCUCGUCGAGCGAUGUUUGGUUCUAGAUCCGGGAAGACGACUGACCAUCGAGCAUAUCAAGAACCACGAAUUCUUCGAUGGGCACAGUUUUGGGAAGGGACUGUGGAGGACGAAGGCCCCUCGACUUCGACCACACAUACCACCGGCGCAGGAGCCGCAGAUCAUCCAAUUGAACGGUUCCUCGUCCGGCUCGAACCAAAACCCGCCGUCCAGCAGAGGCUUACAGUCCCAGAAUGGCAGUGGCAGCAGGCCCGCCAGGAUAAUUACCGAACUUCCGCCACCCACACAACUUGACAUCGAAUGGUCGCCGGUGCUGACGCGAAACAACGAGAGGAUAUUGAAACUGGGCGACCUCCUGGUCAUAUCAUCUCCAAUUCCCAACAGCCCACACGGCAAGGGAGAGCAUGGCCAAAGCAACAAAUUUUCGCGAUUCUUCGGCGGGAGCACGAUGAAGAAAAAGCAAAGACUGGUCAUGGUCACAUCUAGUGGUCGCAUUGUGCUGGCUCCUGCCGGGGGCGAAGAGAAAAAGGCUAAGCAGGAGAUUUCACUCAUCGCACCCGAUUGUGUGUGGCGGACUCAGAUAGAUGUAAAGGGGCAGGUCGUCUGGUGCAUUGACGCGAACGGCACCCAUUACCAGUUCGAGCAGCCCAAGUCUUCGCAGCUUGACGCCGGCACGGUAGACGAGUGGAUAGAGGCGCUCGAAAGAGCCAAGGACCUUGCAAUGUCUCAAGAUCUGUCUGGCUACAACAGCGACAAUGGUUUUGGAGAAAUGUCGUCGUCCAUGUCACCCAGCCCCGCGAGCACUCUGUCACGACAGGUGCCAUAUCCAGAAGGAGGAUUCAGCAUUGCCGAUAGGUCGGGUCGCAACCAGUUGAGUAAGAGUCAGGCCAGCCUGGAGGAGUCACAGGCGAAGAGGAACCGUUUCAGCAAGAGGCAAUCCAAGAACGGGUUAGGCACAGCGGCGUUCUGA